UUCGCAUUUACUGCCCGCCUGAUACUGCCAGCACUCACACUACCCACUCGCCUUCACAACCAUGCCGAAGUCCAAACGCGCCCGUGUAGUCCACACCUCCGUCGUGCAAAAGAAACCCUCGAAAGAAAAGUCCGCCUCGCUCUACUCCGCCAUCCGCGCCGCCGCCGACAACUUCGCACACAUAUUCGUCUUCUCCGUCGCCAACAUGCGCAAUACCUACCUCAAAGACGUGCGGCAACACUUCGCUCUCGAUGGGCGAUUGUUCUUCGGGAAGACGAAAGUCAUGGCGAAGGCGCUGGGUUCGAGCGCGGAAGACGAACAUGCGCCUGGAUUGGCGAAGCUGAGUGGGUACUUGAAGGGCAGUGUUGGGAUCUUGUGUACGAAUCGAGCGCCGAAGGAGGUCUUGGAGUUCUUUGAGGGGUAUGUGGAAGUUGAUUAUGCGAGGGCAGGUGUUACGGCUAGUAGGACUUUCACCAUUCCGGCGGGUGUGGUGUAUAGUCGUGGUGGUGAGUUGCCAGUGGAGGACGAUGUGCCGCUGCCGCACUCGCUGGAGGUGAUGGUGAGGAAGUGGGGUAUGCCGACAAGGUUGGAGAAGGGAAGGGUGAUGCUGGAUCAGGAAUAUACGGUUGCGGAGGAAGGGCGGGAGUUGAACAGCCAUCAGACGGCGCUGCUGAAGCUAUUUGGAGUGGCGAUGGCGGAGUUUAAGGUGCAAGUGUUGGCGUACUGGAGUGCGGCUACGCAGGAUGUCACAGUGGUCAACGAGGAGGCUGCGGCGGAGUGGCAAGGGAUGGAGGAGGGCUAGGGUUGAGGCGAGCACCUUGUUGGGCUUUCAGACGACUUGACGAUCGUUAGUGUACGACAUGCUCUUCAGCGAGGCGUUGGAAGGAGUCUCGCAUUGCGCAAAGCUAGCCAUAGUCUGCGGCUGUAGACCACAUCGAUACCCACAAAACGCCAUUUCCAUCCUCU